AUGGAAAGUUUAAAUAAUGGGGGGGGGGUGGGGGGAGGGGGACUGGCGUGGGAGCUGGGGCUGGGGAGGCUGGGUGGCUGGGGGGGGCUGGGGUGGCUGGGGGAGCUGGGGGUGGCUGGGGAGCUGGUGGGGGGCUGGGGAGCUGGGGGAAGUGAUAAUUUUCACAACCAAGGCGUUCCUUCGAUUUCUCGGGGUCGUGGUGGUGGUAGCUCAGGCAUUUCAUACUCAGAGGCUGAUGAUUCCGUUUUUCGAGGUUCUGGGCGCGGUCGUUACGGACGAAACAAUUUUCCGCACCGUGGUUUCACUCCUCGUUUCCAUCACUCUAGCUCCGGUGUAUAUCGGCCUUCUCUAUUUGUUGGUGUGUCCAAUCCGCUAAAUGAAUCAGAAGAUUUCUGGCAAGAUGAUGACUGGUUUUCCUCGGAAGUCGAUCGAGAUGCCCAGGCUGCCGUAAGCGUUAAACCGCAUUUACCAUCUGGUACCAAACAUUGUGUUGGCGCUCCGCCAGUCCCCUGCUCGUUUUCGGGCACAUCCUCUUCAACCAAUGUGGGUACUGCAGAACCCUGUACAACGAAAUCUCACUCGGAGUCCUGCUCUGUUGGUCCUCCACCUGGCUUCGAUCUACCGCCUAAGCAGCUCGUGAGUAUUGCUGAUGGAGAGCGCCCUGUCAACGUUUUCUCAUCUACGUCCACCCAUGAUGAUACCGGUCAUCUGCACUCGUCUGUGUCAACCAUCGAUGUUUCAAACUCUGCAUGGUAUUACAUUGACUCUACGGGACAGACUCAGGGUCCGUUUGGGAAUCAACAAAUGUCAACAUGGCUGGCGAGUGGUUAUCUGCCGUUAUGUAUUGAAAUUCGUCGGGAAUGCGAUGAAUGUUUUCUCACUUUGGUUGAUCACAUGAGCUUGGCGGGCCGUGUUCCUUUCUGGGGCGGGUACAACCAGCCACCGAUUACCCGAUCCAACCUCCCCUCAAUUUUGAUGUCAGUUUCGAGACGAAUACCUGUUCCGCAACGCCUAAGCCACACACCGCCACCUCCACCCACAUCGGUUGUGGCACAACAAAUCCCACACAUCCAACCCCCUGCGCUUCUACACAAUCCGCCAUCCAACACAGACGUCGCUCCCGCUGCUGCACUGCUCUCCGCGGCAGCUGAACUGGCUUCUGGAGUACAUGCAGGAAUUGACGCUUCACCCAUUGUGUCGAGUACAGUAACCGAGCCUGUUUCUCAACUUCCGUCGCUGUCUCCUGCUGGUGGCUUUGGCGCAGUUGAUUUUUCCAAUACCGGACCCACGGAUGCGUCGGCCGUCCUAUCCGGCGGGAACUCUGAACUUGAGCAUCUGUACUCCGAAGCGCAAGUGUUGGCCUCACAUGUUGCCAAGGUAGACGCGGAGCGCAAAGAGUUGGCAGCUAAGCUGGCCGCGAUCAGUUUGACUGCAGUCAAGUUGUUGACCGGUCAGUCUCCACCCAUUAGUGGGGAUGCAAAAGUACGCGGCGAUGCGGACACUGAUUCUCUAAAUGCAGUUUCUCCUUCCUCUUCCGCCGACCCAGCCCUACAGUCAACUAAUCAAAACGUUGUGGCACAAGAAAUGAACCCGGUUUCCGCUCUUUUUGACUCCGAGACACGUGAAGAGUGUUUCAAUGGUUUUGCAAGCCAAUACCCUCAGGAGUAUCUUCAGAAGCCGACUGUCAGCGAGAAAAUUUUCGAAAACACCUCCGUACAUCCGCUCGCCAAAGCCUCCCUGGACACUUGUGUGAAACAACCUGCUGACUCAACUGCUUUCACAACAAAAAAGAAUAAAAAGCCUAAGAAAACAAAGAAAAAGCUCACUUCGGAGCAGGAACGACAGCUUGCAUGGGACACUGAAUUCGCCCGUCGUAAGGCGUCUGCUUUGGCUAAAAAGCUGUCCGAAGAGUCAGAAGCUGCACGAAUGGCUGAGGAGGAAGCAGCUUCCUUAGCUGAACAACAAGCUGCUCUGGAAAGAGAGCAGAAACGCAUACUUCUUGAACAUCGUAAACGCGAAGCUCAACGGGCUAAGGAAGAGGACCAGCUUGGUCAACUCCGCCUACCCCAGUCGGCUCGGUGGGGCAUCUCCGCUGCGGACACCGCUUCUAGCGCUCCCAAGUGUGCGAGCCUGCUUUCCACCCAGACUGCCCAAGCUGGAGAAGGGACGGUGGGACAACUUCAGGAAGUUGCUAUGACAAAGCAAACUACUAAUCAAGCACCCGAGGUGUUUAAUAGUCCGAUCGCCGCACACCCGCAGACUCAGGUGGCGACAGCGAACUCGGACAAACGCACGAUACCAAAUCAGUCUGUGGCUGGUAAAAAUUCCGCUAUCAAGUUAAAUACGCCAUCCAAGUUGGAGCCCUCAAACACGCGCAAAGUCCUGGAUCGAGUUGACCGGCCCAAACCUCCUGCUGCCUCUUCCCACGUUUCGGCUAUCGGUGACAGCCGACGAGUACUAGUGCCGAUCUCACCUCCUGAUGUGCCCCGGUCUACUGCUGCUUCUUCCUCGUCGCUUCCCGUUACACAUCCGAUCACCGCGGGCUCUAUUUGGGAUCUACCGAACGAUGGUAAAACUGUAACUGCGAUGUCAUCUGCUAAAAGCUCCAAAAAGAACAAGAAGAAAUCUGCGACGGCGCCACAGUCCACUUCUGAAGGCGUUUCUUUUGCAGCGAAGGAGCAACUCGCACACUGGUGUGAAUCACAGCUUUCCUUCAUGCCCCUCUCCGGAGUCGAUCUUCCCACCUUGGUCGAUUUGUUAUGCGAAUUGGAAGGGACUGAUCAGAUUGUAGAAUUUAUCGAAGCAUCGCUGGGACGCUCCAAACGAACUUUAAAAUUUUCCAAAGCCUUUCUCGAGAAGAGGGCUUGCAUACGCGACACUGUGCGCUAAGGUUCCUGCAUCACAGUUGUGGGCUGUGCCGCUUUCCAUCACUCCCCCCAGAGUUAUUUGUCUCUGCAUCAAUCAUUUGCACAUCUUACCCCAUUCCCAGCUUUUGUUCCAAGUUUAUUUACCAGUCCUUUUAUCUUUUUCUGUAUUUUUCGCCCCUUUCUUUACGUUUCCCUCGCUAACAAUGCAACCGUUUACAUUUCGUGUCGGCUCUCGUCUUAUCUGCCGUAUGAUCUUGUCUUUCCUUACUCAUGACUGAUCCACUUGUUUUUUCAAUGUCUGCUGUCUCGAGUCGAAUGGGUUUGUGUGGGAACACUAUGUAUAUACUUGGUAUAUUCUCGUUCGACCGUUUUCUCUGUAGCUUUGUCUCAUUGCCUCUUGCUUUUACUUCUGCUUCGCAAAAGUAUCUGAAGUUCAUAUGCCAUCAUUGAUGACCCAGUAUCGUGCGGCUGAUUUCUCCGGAUUCGAACGCUUUUCUUGUAUAUACUUAGUGCAGUUUGUUUACGUGACCUUCGUGGCGUUGUUUCGUUUUGUUACAAGUUUCUUUUUCACUGGCUUACUAUUCAACUUUAUCGAUUUCUGCUCUUUGCUUGUUGGGUGUUUAUUGAUAUACGGUUUUGGUUUGGUAACCACGGACGAUGCUCGCAAUUUUACGGCCAUCUGGAAUAAAUUUGAUGGCCGACACUUUUGAAAUAGAG